UCAUCAAGAUGGAAAGCUCAGAUUCUAGCGAUAAAGGAAAUAUUGAUCAAUCAGAAGCACAACGUCAGAGUCAGCUGGAUCGGUUAGAUCGAGAAGAAGCUUUCUAUCAGUUUGUAAACAACCUGAGUGAAGAGGACUACAGGCUUAUGAGAGAUAACAAUUUGCUAGGAACACCAGGUGAAAUUACUGAAGAAGAGUUGCUGAGAAGGCUACACCAAGUUAAAGAAGGUCCGCCACAGCAAAACAGUGAUGAGAAUAGAGGUGCGGAGUCCGCAGAAGAUGUUUCAAAUGGAGAUUCUAUAAUAGACUGGCUUAAUUCAGUCCGACAGACUGGAAAUACAACACGAAGCGGACAACGAGGAAACCAGUCUUGGAGAGCAGUGAGUCGGACUAACCCGAAUAGUGGUGACUUCAGAUUCAGUUUGGAAAUAAAUGUCAACCGUAAUAAUGGGAACACAAAUCCAGAAACUGAGAAUGAGCCAUCUGUAGAGCCUUCCAGUGGGGAGGACUUGGAAAACAGCCAAAGUGACUCUGAAAUUCCAAGAUCUGAAUCACCAUCUGUGAGGCAGCCUGGAUCAGAAAGGAGCACUUCAGAGGAGCUAUCAACUGAGGAAGCUUCCCCUCCUAGAGGGCAGAGGAGAGCAAGGAGUAGGAGUCCAGAACAGCGGAGAACGCGGGCUAGGACUGAUAGAAGUAGGUCACCUAUUAAUCCAGUGAGUGAGACGCCUCGCAGGUCUCAUCACAAUACAUCAUCUCAAACACUUGACCACUCCUCAGUGAAUGAAGCUGAGGGAAGCUCUAGAACUAGGCAGCACGUGACGUUAAGGCAGCAUACAGUGGGGACUGAGAUGCCAAGUGAAAAUGCAGUUCUGUUUUCAACCCCUGAAACAAGACCUGUUCCUCAAGCAGCAGGUUCUUCAGAAACUAACGGCACCAGUGAGUCCGCAACUCCUGGGCAGAGGCCUCCUACCAUAGUACUUGAUCUUCAGGUGAGAAGAGUUCGUCCAGGAGAGUACCGGCAGAGAGACAGCAUAGCCAACAGAACUCGGUCCCGGUCCCAGACUCCUAACAACACGGUCACUUACGAAAGCGAACGGGGAGGGUUUAGGCGCACGUUUUCACGUUCAGAACGGGCUGGAGUGAGAACUUACGUCAGUACCAUUAGGAUUCCUAUCCGUAGGAUCUUAAACACAGGCUUGAGUGAGACUACAUCAGUUGCUAUUCAGACUAUGCUAAGGCAGAUAAUGACAGGUUUCGGAGAGCUGAGUUACUUCAUGUAUAGUGAUAGUGAUGCAGAUCCUAGUGGCCCAACCCCAAAUCAGAACGUGGAUGCUUCUGAGCCACAGAACGGAGGUGGUGGUACUUCAAGCAACGAAAAUACAGAUGUUAGCUCAGGGGAGGUGUAUGAAGGUGGCAAUGAAGGUGGUUCAACAUCUGGUGCCAGACGGGAAGGUCGGAAUACGAGGGGAUCGGUCACAUUUGAAGAAAGUGGUUCUCUACCAUUCCUUAGCUUAGCACAAUUUUUCCUACUAAACGAAGAUGAUGAUGACCAACCAAGAGGACUCACCAAAGAACAAAUUGACAACCUAGCGAUGAGGAAUUUUGGUGAGAGCGACGCUCUGAAAACCUGUAGUGUGUGUAUUACAGAGUACACGGAAGGCAACAAGCUCCGUAAAUUGCCUUGUUCGCAUGAGUAUCAUGUCCACUGCAUUGAUCGCUGGUUAUCGGAAAAUUCUACUUGUCCCAUUUGUCGCAGAGCAGUCUUAGCGUCUGGUAACAGAGAGAGUGUUGUCUAAAUGAGAUCCGAAUUUAUGGCCAAGCAGCUAGUGUGAUAGUGAUGGGCAAAGAAGUCACUUCCUUUAUGGCCACUUUUUGAGUGGUACCUCAAUGUAUAGUAAUGACCUGGAGUGAAUCUUCCCUCAUGAAAGCAUUUUCUCUGAAUACAAGCUUUUAAAAUUGGAAAAUUUCUUUAAUUAGGGUUUGCAAGAUCUUGUCAGUUUGGGUGUUAAAUAUCACUUGUCCAAAGACAUCCACCCACUUAAAAAUAUUUUUUACUUUGUGAAGAGUAUUAAGUUCUUCCCCCCCCCAGCUCCUGCCAUCCAAGUCCAAUAAACAUUUUGUCCUCAA